AUGUCGUCUGCUGCCAUGCAGACAGCUCCUACUCAUACCUCAGCGACCACCACAUCGACAUUGUACCCUACGACUCCUUCUCCGCAGACCCAAAAUGCUUAUCACCCGAGGACUACUACAGCGUCUCACUCGCCUCAACCCGUCGACGUGACAUCUCGUACCUCUCCUUCAUCGUCUAAGCGACCCAGCCAGAAACCAAGCGCCAAUGGUACGAACUUGAAUACUGCUCCGGCAUCGCAAUACUCCCAGUACGGGUCAGGAUCACCAACGAUGAAUUCUUCUCAUCAACAGCCUUCUGAAGGGCUGGGAGUUACGCCGCAAAUCCCUCCGCGUACAUCAUCAAACCAGCGUUCUAGAAAUCAAACAUCGAGCCAUUCGAGGACCCGAGGCGAGGAUGGCGGUCGAUCUCGUCGUAGAGCACAGCACUCAGCCGAGAAUCCGCCAAGAGCUACUGAUUCGAGCGCAGAUCGGACACAGCAUCAUUCCUCCGCGUAUCAAAGUCACUCGGACCGCGCCAUAGGUUCCCAAUCUGAAUCUGCUGCUCUAUCCACCGAGUCAAGUACCGUUAUCAAUCAGGUUGUGAUAACUGAUCCAUCCGAAGACGUUGAACGCGAACAAGAGCGUCAGUUGGAUGUACAGACUGCAUCAGGUGGCGCUUCGAAUCCGAUUUCCGGUCUAGGACUGGCCGGCGAAGAUGGUGCGGAUGACACUGCCCGCGCUGGCACAAGGAGCCGUCAAGACCAUUCAAAUACUCAAGGAAAACGCAAGGAGACGACUUUUGGCAGAUACAUUCUUGGCCAAACAUUGGGCGAAGGAGAGUUUGGUAAGGUCAAGCUAGGCUGGAAACGUGAUGGCAGCAUACAAGUCGCUAUCAAACUCAUUCGACGUGAGAGCUUAGGCUCAAAUCCUACCAGACUGCCCAAGAUAUACAGAGAGAUUUCGAUUCUUCGAGAUCUGUCUCACCCUAAUAUUGUGCGCUUACACGAGAUGGUAGAGACUGAUCGCUACAUUGGAAUCAUCAUGGAGUACGCCUCAGGAGGUGAACUCUUUGACUAUAUCCUUAAUAACCGCUAUUUGGGGGAUAAUGCCGCGAGGCGUCUUUUCGCGCAACUCGUCUCUGGUGUUGGCUAUUUACACAAAAAGGGCAUAGUACACCGUGACUUGAAGUUGGAGAACUUGUUACUUGACCGAAAUCGUAACAUUAUCAUUACUGAUUUUGGUUUUGCCAACACCUUCAACCCUGGUGAUGAACUCGGUGAAGAGAUUGAGUACAACCUCACCAAUCGGGAAUUUGUUAAGAGGUCGGGUCUAGACAAGACUGAUGCAACUGGCAUGCGACGUGGCGAUUUGAUGCAGACGAGUUGUGGCAGUCCAUGCUACGCAGCACCCGAGCUUGUUGUGAGCGACUCCCUUUACACUGGUCGUAAGGUGGAUGUCUGGAGCUGUGGUGUGAUUUUGUACGCUAUGCUUGCUGGAUACUUACCGUUCGAUGAUGACCCUGCAAACCCCGAAGGAGAUAACAUCAACCUCUUGUACAAGUACAUCGUUAGCACCCAUCUUACCUUUCCUGAAUAUGUCUCGCCACAUGCUCGUGAUCUCCUACGGCGUAUUCUUGUCCCAGAUCCUCGCAAACGCGCUGAUCUUUUUGAAGUUGCUCGCCACAGCUGGCUUAGCGAAUACUCGCAUGUUGUGUCUCAUAUAACAAGUAGCACUACCAAUGUUUCCGACAUUGCUACUACAACUGUCCCUGCUGAAGGAACACAGGAAGGGCCAUCUCUUGCCCGUAGCGCAUCCGUGCGUGAGCCACCAAAGAGUUUCCAGUCUAGUGCCUCGACACUCGGUGGUCUUACACAUCAACAAGGAAAAGUCACCCAAGAUGACUCCCCCGGCAGCAAAUCAAAGACUUCAAGAGAGGCAAAGAGAAGGACCGUUCAGGUGGAAUAUGUCGCGCCUCAGUCUCAGACUGCGCGUGGUGAGUCUGCAGCCAAUGCAUCUUCUAGCCGGCCGUCGACAUCCCGAGCAAACGUCCAGGUAGGACCUCGAGGCGUUGUCGACCAGAACAAACCUUUACCUAGUGAACCACCAGGAGAACCGCGUCGGGCAGCAUAUGCUCAGCCUGAUCAAGGAACACGCCCUGACCCUGGUAUUCAUCGCUCGGCCUCAGAUGCAGCAGGAGGAGUACUUGGAAACUCUCACAACGCACGUCCUAAUACCGGCCACUCGGCGACAUCUCUCAAUGCCGGAAGACUGCCUUCUCGUGGUUCUUACGGGCAACCCGUAGCACCCACAGUGGCAGCAACAAACGCCCAGGGUCGACUAGCGCAGCCGAAGACUGCCAAACCAUAUAAUAUCUCGGCUCCAAUUCCUCAAGACUCGGACAUCUCUAUUGGAAGGCCGAGCACCCAUCAACUUCCAGGGAAAUUCAAUCAAACCCCUCCACCAGAAACGGUCAGAACCCACAAACGGUCGAGCACGGUCAGCAGCAUCGGAGAGAGGAUAUUUGGUCGAUCUGGAUCCAUUUUUGGCGGCCGUCCAAGCCAACAAACUACUCGCCCCAAGACCAGCAAACGAUAUCCUCCUACCAGCAUGAGGGAUCCUUAUGUCACAGAUGACUCGAGGGUUUCCGUUGACUCUCGACGAUCAAACAUGAAUACUACGCGCAUUGAAACACGGCCACGUCGGUUUUCUUUGAUUAACUCUAUUAGAGGGUUGUCGUCGCGCGGCGAUCAAAACUCUGAAAGUGACACUCAGGAGAACGAGUAUUCUCGACCAGCUACUGGUCCAGGGAUAUUGGCAGGACGGGAUGGUGGUGGUUAUAGUGGCUACUCCGGCUCUCAUCAUGACGAAGAAGCACCACAAAACACAAGCUACGAGGCUCACAUCGAUAGACAAAUCGCUCAACUGCACGAAAACAACCAGAUGUACCAAGGAAGUUCUGAUGACCAUGAUCAGCCGAUUCAGUACGGUACAUCGGAUAGAAACGAGUACUAUGGUUAUCCGAAUCAAGCGCAAUACAACGGAAACUUUGAUAACCCAAACAGGGAGUACUACAAAAGAACAAUCGGAAGUUUGCAGAUGCAUACGAAUAUGAAAGGGAUCAUUCACACCAUUCUGGAAGUUCGGGGGCCGCAAGAAAAUAUCGAGCAUAUGGACUCUAACACCGGUUCCUACUCGACAUUUGCAACAGCUAGUUGGCUUUCGCAGAAAGACUACUAA